UUGUGGCAAGAGUGUAAUGGGACAGUGGGUAGGAAGGUGAAAAGUGUUUUUGUUUUUUUUGCUUCUGUUGUGGAAAUCCCGAACAAAUACGUCAGGAAAAUUCGAUACCCAAAGCAUGCGUUGUAGUGCAAGGUCAGGAUGGAAAAAUGCGAGGAAAAUAGAUGAUAUUUACAUCGCGCUUUAUGCUAGUGACCAAUUUUUCGUUUUUCUUCUGCUUAUUGUUAUGUUGGUUUCUUGCGGUGAAUCUCUAUUCAGUUACAUUACGGUAAAGAGACUUAAGGAGUAUAUUGUGCCGCCUAACAUAUCAAAAUGUCAUUAGCCUUUCAUUGGGCCUCUAUACGUUUCGUUCAGGAAGCAUCAGGCAUUAUCGAUUUUGAACCCGAUGGAAGUAUUUGUUUAAUGCUACUAGAACCAAUUUGUAUGCGCAAUGUUUUUCAAACUAAUGUUAAACAGGAUCAUGUUUUUAAAUACAUAUUCGCAAAAAUAAAUGUCACUGCACUAGUUGUUGCAAUAAAGAAAAAAAACUUUGUAUAAACCAUUGCGUGUGCUCCGCAGGGUGACGAAACGGGGGUUUUCCGCUUUGGAUUCUUAUCAGCUUUGCAUGGCAAAACGUUAUGCUGGUGGACAAUUUCCUGCCUAUUUGAUAACUUUACUAUCUUUAACGACACGUGCAUCCUAUUUGGUUUGGUCACUAAAAUCGGAAGAUCAAAAACAAAUGUCUAAUUAAAAGCGUUAGCCGGCUGUAGCCGUAACUGGGUUUGCUAUCGUGCUUGACUGCAAUUGAUAAGAAUUUUGGAAGCAUUCACAAUCAAAUGACAUUUUACAGAAGAAUGACCAAUUGUGCAAUAUGCAAUCGAAGUUUCAGUGCAGGAAGCAGCAACAGCCUGUGCAGGCGGUAAAUGAAUUACACCGUGGAUAACAUUUUAAAGUUUGUGAGUGGAAACGUGUAGCACAGCACGAUCGUGGAAAUAAAGCGUUUCACUAAAGCCUGUUCUAGAGGUGUAAUAAAAAGUGCGAGCAGUGUGAUUGUUUACUAGUGUCAAAACCAACGCGUUCUUCUGCUGCUAUGGCUACUGCAACGGCAGCCACGUCCGCUUCGUCUAGCAAUCAGCAACAGCAUCUGCAAACUUACGAUGAUGAUGACGAGUUCCAGGAUGCAUGUGAUGCUGAAACUGCCUCUGGAUCUUGCGCUCUAGAUUUAGAUACAGCGCUAGCAGAGGCAAAGAUAGCAGUCGAUCUAUUUUUUAACAAUAAGUUCAACGAAGCAGAAGCCCUUAUGAAACCACUGGCGACAUCAAGCAUGUACCAUUCCGUUGGACACAGUGUGUUCACCUAUCUGGAAGCUAUGCUUACGUUCGAGCAGCAACACAUAGCAGCCGCGUCGGAGGCGCUUAAACAGUGUCUAAACGUUUGCAAUCGUUAUCGAAAAAAGAGCACACUUACGGAGACGAUAGGCAAAACCUUUAAGAAAGUGAAUUAUGAUCAGUAUACUGAUUUGGAAGCACACGCAGAGCUUUGCUCCGCCGAGGCUUUACUGCUGAAAGCGAUGCUGACGUUUAUAGAGGAUGAGACUCUAACCAGCUUGAUUAAGGGCGGAAUGAAGAUUCGCAAUUGCUUUGCGAUGUACAAGGAAUGCAAUAACAUUCUUACACAUCGCCAAUGGGAAUCGGAAAGUUCGAAGCUACACUUCGAGAGCGGCGUGCGAAUGGGCUUGGGCACGUUUAAUCUCAUGAUAUCUUUGCUACCGGCGCGGAUUAUAAAACUGUUGGAGUUUAUUGGCUUUUCCGGCAAUAAGCAAUCGGGAAUGCAAGACCUAAUUACCGGUUCACAAAGCGAAGGCAUUCGACAGGUGUUGUGUGUGAUGACAUUACUCGGGUACAAUCUGAUUGUGUGUUAUGUGCUGAGCCAUAAGGAAGGCGAUUUACGCUUUUGCGACGAACUGCUGGUAAAACAGCUGAAUCAGUAUCCGGACGGCGUUUGGUUCCUGUUCUUCAAAGGUCGUCUGGAGUUCAUGAAGGGCAAUCUCGACGAUGCGCUUAAAUGGUAUAAGAAAUCUUGGAAGUCACAAAACGUGUGGCCACAGUUUCAUCAUCUGUGCUUUUGGGAACUGCUUUGGGUUAAUUGUUUAAGGCUCAAUUGGCGUGAGUCGUUACUGUUCGCGACGUACCUUGUCGAGAACAGCAAAUGGUCGCGCACGAUCUACACAUAUCAGAAGGCAUCAAUCAUGUGUAUGCUGAAGACGGAGGAAUUACAUUCGAGCGAGAUUCGGACAAUCGCCACACUGAUGAAAGAAGUGCCAAAGUACAAGCAACGGAUAGCGGGCAAAUCAUUGCCGAUGGAGAAGUUUGCCUGUAAAAAGACUGAACGGUUCUUCGCUCAGCAGUCGUUCCUGUACGUACCCGCGUUGGAGUUGAUGUUUGUGUGGAAUCUGUUCAAGAUACUGGGCAAACAUUUCCAUUUAGCGGACGGCGUCUAUCGAAUAGUGGAGGAGAAUCUCAAUCAUUACGGCGAACGUGUCAACUCAAAGUCAAACCCGGCGUUUGGCAUUUAUGCGGCGGAUAAUAAAGCGUUGCUGUUGCUUUUGAAAGGCGCCUGUUUGCGGCAGAUGAACAGUCCGCUGCAAGCCACACGGUGCCUUGAGGAGGUGAUUGCCCUGUACAAAGAUAUUAAAGAAGACCAUUACCUGGUACCUUAUGCAAUUGUAGAACUGGCAUUGAUCUACAUCGAUCAAGGAAACAAAGAUCAAGCCAUACUAGCUCUAGAGGAUGCUAAGAAAAAUUACAGUGGAUAUUCACUAGAGUCACGGUUGCACUUCCGGAUACACACGGCCCUGAUGGAGCUAAAGGGGAAAAGCUACGAAAACAUUCCUUCUGGGGCAGAAUGAAGGAACAGCACCUGACGCCUUCACCAUGACACUAUUCUACGAUGAAAUAAAACACGAAACAGAAAGUGAACCAAACAACGAUUAUUCGAAGUGAGACCAAACCAAAUGUGUCAUUUUUUUAAAGUUCAUCCAAAGUAAUUUCUGCAUGAAUAGGAGCUUAUGGGCAUAGUACUAAUUCUACGUCAUACGGAAUCGAUUCCUAGUCAUGAUAUCGCAGAGCGACCAUCUAAGCUCAAGCAUUUACGAUACGAGCUCUUAAUAUUUGUUUUAGCAUUACAACUGUUUAUAUUUGUUGCUCACUUUCCAAUUUAAAUCGAUAUUAUAAAUUCGGGUAAUUCAAAACCAUAAAUCCUUAUACCAAACAGUAUAGGUAGUUUUGACGGCAUAGGUAUUAUUUUAAUUGAUGAACUAUGUACGUGUAGCAGAUUGUAGAUACAUCUUAUAGCCUAUAGUUUCGCUAGUCAAGGAUUAAACACUAGCAAUGUAGGAGAUUAAAAAACUUAGAUUUAAAGUUUUUAUGUGCAGGGUUGGUUGAUAGGAAAAAAUAAAAUCUUAUAUCAUUCAGAAGAUAAAAAC